ACAUGUCGACUCUUACAGAAUUUGGAUCCAGAUUUUAAACACUAAAGGAAGAUGACCUUCUUCCCCAAAAUAUCCUUUCAGCCUGAAGUUGAAGAAUAUCUCAGCAAAGUGUUCAGAAAUAGAGAGCUAAUAGCUGCUUUAGGUACAGAGGAGGCAGAGAGGAGAUAUCAGUCUCUGUUAAGUCAUCUGUCUCAUCCACCAGCUUUCACAACCGUUAGAGUAAAUACAUGCUUGGCCUCAGUGAAACAUGUGAAAAGUUUGCUGUUUGAUGAGAUCCAGCAGCAGUUUGAAGGACUAAAUGUUCCAGUCCUUGAGCACCCAGAAAUCCAGGACAUAUUAUUAAUUCCUGUUAUUGGACCCAGGCGAGAUCUAAGAAGACAUGACUCUGAAGUCAUUGUGGGAGCCCACUGUGGUUAUUCUGUACUUCGAGGAGCACAUGUAUAUGUCCCAGGAAUCAUAUCUACCUCAAAAUUUUUGAAAGCUGGAGGCUUAGUCUCGGUGUAUUCAGAUAUUGAAGGGAAGUGUAAAAGAGGAGCGAAAGAAUUUGGAGGAAUCAAAGUUUUCCUUGGAAAUGGGAUUUCUGAAUUGAGUCGUAAUGAAAUCUUCGGUUCAAAUGGUCCACUGAAUGGGAUGGGCGUCAGAAUGAUAGAGCCAGUCUACCUUAGUCCUUCGUUUGACAAUGUGCUCUCUAGUCAUUUGUUUUUACAGAACUUGCCUUCUGUGGUUGUGAGCCAUGUUUUAAACCCUCAGCCAGGAGAGAGAAUUUUGGACAUGUGUGCUGCACCGGGAGGAAAAACAACCCAUCUUGCAACGUUAAUGCAUGACAAGGGUGAGGUAAUAGCCAUGGACAAAAUAGCCAACAAGGUGAAAAAAAUUAAGCAGAAUGCUGAAUUGCUCCAGUUGAAUUGCAUCAAGGCCUUCUGUUAUGAUGGGACAAAGGCACUUUCAGAUGAGAAGAGAGGAGACGAGCUGAGCAAG